AUGUUAAUAUUCCAGAUUGUGAACAUUGUGGGAAAAAGCACAGAGAGAUCGGUCUCUAUUGCUAGAGGCAGAGGAUCGGGUAGAGGUGGAUCAAUAUCUAGAGGAGGAGGUACUAGAAGAGGGAAUGACAUAGUGACCCAGCAGUCUGAAGCUAGGGGGCCGGCUAGAACAUAUGUGGUCAGAACCCGAGAAGAAGGUGAUGCUCAUGAUGUGGUAACAGUUGACUUGUUAAUUAUGCCAUUUGGGGAUUUUGAUAUAAUAUUGGGAAUGGAUUGGUUAUCUGAAUAUGAAGUGAUCUUGGAUAGCUAUAAAAAGAGAUUCAGCAUUCAGACAGUGAGUGAAAGUCGGGUUAAAGUAAAUGGUAUUCAUACUAGUGGGCCAGCACGAAUUAUUUCAGUAAUAAAGGCUAGUAAGUUACUUCAGCAGGGUUGUUCAGCACAUUUGGCAUAUGUUAUUAAUUCAGAUUCAAUUGGAAGCCAGUGUGGUAAAAUUCAGACAAUUUGUGAGUUUCUUGAUGUAUUUCCUAAAGAAUUACCGGGUUCACCGCCAGAUAGGGAGGUCAAGUUCGCUAUUGAGGUUUAUCCUGGCAUAGCUCCAAUCUCUAUACCUCCUUACCGGAUGUCACAUAAAGAGUUAAAAGAGCUGAAGAUACAGUUCUAA